GCCGCGCGGCUCGCCGGCACAUACCCGCGCCUUAUCGCCUGCGCCCGUCGCCGCUGAUAUUGACAAGUUUCGCGUUCACAACAACGCCACGUGUAUAAACAUUGUUGCACAACAAUAACACACGGCCGCCAGUGACGCGCAAGGACGCGCCGACCCAAACAAUUCCGAACGAUAGUUUAAUAUAUUAUGAACUGCGCUCCCACGCUUCUACUGGUGACUGGUGGCUGGCGACACCCGCCACCGAUUCCAUGUCACUUGUCACACUAAAUCAUGGGACACCCGCGUACCGUGACUUCCAAUAGUGGCGCAGUGAUUAAAGUGUUAGCACUGUUAGCUGUUCAUUGUUGUUCUAAUAAAACGUGCUCUCGGCUCUUUGUUUUCAAACCAAAUGAUUACGCUCAGUGAUAAAUUCUUUGUUCUGUGUUUAUUUCUUAUAUUGGGAUGCACUUUGGAUUUGCGGGAUGUCUAUACUAAAAGAAGAAAAAAGUGACGAUUUGGGCGUGGUCGGCGGCGGCAUGCCGGAAGCCGCCGGCGGCGAGAGGCGCCACGUCCCUCUCUAUGGCAGGCUGGUUGCGGAGGAGCAGCUGGCCUCCAUGAGCGCGCCCUCGGACAUUCAGGUGAGCGCCCCCGCGCGCAACCCAAGAGCUUUCUGCUGCUACCCUAGCCGCGCACAGGCCAUGCAAGCUCGAAUACCACACCAUUUUCGGGAUCCCUCAACAGCGCCGUUAAGGAAACUCAGUGUGGACCUCAUCAAAACCUACAAACACAUAAACGAGGUAUACUACGCGAAGAAAAAACGGAGAGCGCAACAGUACCUCGGCGACGAUGGCUCACACAAAAAGGAACGAAAGCUCUACAACGAUGGGUACGACGAUGACAAUCACGACUACAUCAUCAAACAAGGCGAAAAGUUCCUCGACCGGUACGAGAUCUCGUCGCCGAUCGGCAAGGGCUCGUUUGGACAGGUUGUGAAAGCGUACGACCACGAGGAGCAGUGUCAAGUAGCGAUAAAAAUUAUUAAAAAUAAGAAACCUUUCCUAAAUCAGGCACAAAUAGAAGUCAAGUUACUAGAAAUGAUGAACAGAGCAGAUGCCGAAAAUAAGUAUUAUAUAGUAAAACUGAAACGUCACUUUAUGUGGCGGAACCACCUGUGCCUAGUGUUCGAGCUGCUGUCGUACAACCUGUAUGACCUGCUGCGGAACACCAACUUCCGGGGCGUCUCACUCAACCUCACGCGGAAGUUCGCGCAGCAGCUCUGCACCGCGUUACUGUUCCUUAGUCAACCUGAACUAAAUAUAAUUCACUGUGAUCUUAAGCCUGAGAAUAUACUAUUAUGCAACCCCAAGAGGUCAGCCAUCAAGAUUGUGGACUUCGGCAGUUCGUGUCAACUAGGUCAAAGGAUAUACCAGUACAUCCAGUCAAGGUUCUACCGAUCACCGGAGGUCCUGCUAGGCAUCCCCUACGAUCUGGCGAUCGACAUGUGGUCCCUGGGCUGCAUCCUGGUCGAGAUGCACACGGGGGAGCCUCUGUUCAGCGGCGCCAACGAGCUGGACCAGAUGAACAAGAUCGUCGAAGUGCUGGGCAUGCCACCAGACCAUUUGUUAGAUCAGGCACACAAAACCAGAAAGUUCUUCGACAAAUUACCAGCGUCAGAAGGCGGUGGUUACGUCCUAAAGAAAGUUGCCGGCAAAGACGGCGGAUACAGAAAGUACCGGCCGGCGGGCACGCGGCGGCUACACGACAUCCUCGGAGUCGAGGGAGGCGGGCCUGCGGCGCGGCGGCGAGGCGAGCCUGGUCAUUCAGUCUCCGACUACCUUAAGUUUAAAGACCUAAUUCUGCGCAUGUUGGAGUACGACCCCAAACAGCGCGUGACGCCGUACUACGCGCUGCAGCACAACUUCUUCAAGCGCACGGCCGAUGAGGCCACCAACACGCAGCAGGCGCAGUCGCACCACCAACACGUGGGCGGCGCCCGGCUGUGGGGCGGCGCAGAGCGUAUGGAGGUGGAGGGCGUGCGGCGCGACGACGACAUGCUGCAGCCUGUCUGCCAGCUGCAGCACUCGCCCGUCGCCAUCCACUAGCGCCGCGCGCGCGCCGACCCGAGCCGAGCCGGGCCCGGCGCGGCGCCGCUCGCACCCGUCGCCCCUGUCGCGCCCGGCGCCAAGCGCACGCGCAACAGGCGGCGCAAGCACCCGAGGAACUGAGGACCAGACUGUGACGUGCACCGAGUGCAGUGAUGACGCGACCUAGUGCCGUGCCGCGAUGUGAACUAAGUUACUUUGUACGUGCGUGUCUGACACGUCACUCCGGGAGUCUAGUCGCGUCGAGCGUCGCGCGUACGCGAGUCGUGCAAGUGACGAGUGCUCAAAGGAUAGAGUAUGAUGGUUGUGUGCGUGUGGACGUUCGGCGAGCGCGGACGCGUCCGGCUCGCCCGGAACGGCUUAGUAUAAUUCCUUGCUCCAUAAUCAAAGACGAUAGAGUUAAUUCGCUCUAGUAUUCGUAAGGCGGAGAGUGUGCGCGAGAGUCGGUGUAGUGUAAGUAAAGUUAAAUCACUCUAUAUUUAGAGGACGGUAUAGAUCCACGUGGACUACCGGCGGUAGCGAGUAAUGCAUAGAGAAUGGGGACACCACGGCGUCGGAUAGUACUCUAGUACAAUAUGUGGCAACACUUGCGGACUGAAUCCAUAUUUAUAAUUCUAUAUUUUUAUUUAAUGCGAUAAGUCUGAUUGUAAAAAGUAAUGAUGGCGAUUAGUUACUCUGUAACAGGAUUGUAUGUAUUAUUGUUCGUACCGCUUCUCGACGUACUUAGAGUGCCGCGGCCCGAGGCCGAUCGCAUCCGGAUGCAUGGCAUGAAAGCUAGGUUUUUUUAUUGUUACGCAAUGCAUAUCAAGGACGCAAUAUGGUAGAAAAUAAAUAUUGUACAUAAUGUUAGGAGGCCGACUAAUAAUGGAUACAGACUGCAACUUCAACCGGUAAUAUAGUUUAGAUACGUCUAUGCUAGUUAAGCUUUCGUUCAGUUAUUAUCGCAAGCUUUAUAUUUUUUUAAAGUGUCGGCAACUGAUGACUGAGAAAUCAAAGGGCCAAAACAGAAUUUCGUUUAUCGAUACAACCGAAUAAAAAAUAGUAUAAAAUAAUAAAAAAUGAAGUAUUUUUUGAGUGCACAGAUUGAUUGGAUUCGAUACUCCUGACGUUGAAAUCAUUUGAAACUUUGCCCUCGCAUUUCAGAGUUGUUGUAUAUUGUAAAUGUUUUUAUUUCGGGUCUCGAAUGCGCGAGAUUCGAGGAUCUGUACAUCAAUACACGCGUACUGUGUAACACAAUAUAUAUAGGUUAUUUUUGACCCAUCGGAAUAUUCAGACGAUAUGUAAAACAAAGAAUAGUGUAUAGGUAAUUCUAUAAAAACACAAAAUGUACUUGUAGGUUACGGGAAUGUUGAAUCAUAUAUAAAAAUUUUUGGGUAUUUCAGAUAGGAGUUAAUAAAUUAAACUGACUUGUUCAACCUUUUUGGAUUUGAAUCUACAAUAGACUAACCUCAUUGCAACAGACUGGUCGUAACUUUGUAAUGGAGAUAUUUUGUAUAGCGUACACUGAAUCACUGCCUUAUUGUGCCGGAACUCCGAGAGCCCCGCCGCGCGCCACGCGCUCGCCGUGUGGCUCGGGCUAGCGCGGGCACGCGGCGCGCGACGGUCCGCGCCGAGCGCCGCGUGCCCGCCGUGUGGCUCGGGCUAGCGCGGGCACGAGGCGCGCGGCGGCCCCGCGGGGGCUCCACUCGGGCGCCGCGAUUUAGCAAAUUAUAUUUUUUUCGAUUGUGUAUAGUUCGUGACGACUGAGUCGCCCGCCGUGGAGCCUCCGAGGAAACAUUGCAACUGAAAGCAGAUUUUUUUGUGCUGCAGAAUGUUGCCGUGAUUUUUUAUAAGAAAAAAUAACUCCCUCUCCCCCCGAAAAGUUAUUUUAAAAUUAAACGAGUUUGUAUGGUACGAUUAUUUUCAUACAUGAAGCAUGAAAGUAUUCUCUUAACUUGCGUUCCUUAGCUCGGUAAGCGCUGCGACUGUUUUCUCGAUCUAUUUAUUGUUUUCAUUGUAGAUUUGAAUCUAUUUCUAAUCUCUCUGGUCUGAAAUAUAAAUUUUUCGAAUAUCUGUAUCAUAUUUACUGUAUUUUAAUACUUUUUUGCUUCAUGAGGUUAUAGGAUUGUUAGAGAUGUAAGAAAUAGGUAUGGGAAACAUGUUUUCGUUUCAUUCUAGGGAAGUAACAAAUUAUGCCAGCGGGUUUCCGAACAGUCUUAAAACUAUUUAUUUGUUUUUUUUUUUUUUGUAUCAAUGAUAUUAUUAUAAAUGGUUUGUUUUCUUCAACUAUUAAAUCUGACGAAGACUGUAUUAGAUUUUUGUUUUGUUACAUUUUCCUUUGUUAUUAAUUUAAUCUAGAAAUUUGAUGAAACCUGAUUGUUCAACUUUAAUUUACAUAUUACUUUAUGCUCUAUGUUGUUCAGAGUGACUUGUCUUGGAUUCAGGCGUUUUAGUAAAUCUUGUAGUAGUUAUUUUAAUUGUUUGCCGCCACGAAUCCUUCCUUUGUCAUCGAUAAUAUUAUAGACAUACGAGUCAUUCUGGAGUCACAUGCAUAAUAUCAGCUGCCUUAGGGUCAGUGCACACCAAGCGGAAAACUGAUCGAGAAAAUGCAAACACUUGUCUUAACAAUUCUCCACUGAUACAAUUAAAUAUCUAAUUCAAUUCAAACAGAAUUCUAAAUAGUUUGACAUAAGCAGUCUUGACUGAAGAUUUUUGUAUACCAUCAUGACAUCAAGUUUAUUGAAUUAGAUCUUUUAAUAAAACUACAGGCUCAAAAGGGUUAAAACCUGUUAAAAAAGAAUGUAGGUACAACUUUUUAUUGCAACUGAGUGGUGAUCUACUAUUUCAUCUCAACAGAACUUAGUAAGGAUUAAGAGAUCGCUUCUGUCAAAAACUGAGUUUUAUACGGAGAUGAGUCGCGACUGAGUAGCCAGUAGCAAUUGUCAUAAAAAAUUAAACAAUCGAUCCGAAAGACGGUACUUAGGAUUUAGGACAAUUUUUGGUUUCGUUAAAUAAUUGAUGUUUUGCCAGUUAUACUAAAAAUCUGACAAAAAAAUUAUCAGGCAUUGACAAAUCAGCCUUUGAAAUUGCAAAAAAACGAGUGACAGAGUCGUAUUAUGCAAUAUGCCCGCUCUUUACUGGCAUAGCAAUUGCAACGCGAAUGGCCGUGAACACCGCAACAUAAACCAUACUGUUUCGGGCCGCUAUUCGCACAGGAUAAAAAGCGGGCUAUACCAAAAAACGUGCGUAGUGCAUAUUAAAUUAUUAGAUGUACCGCUUGACAGAUGCUCAUGGGGUAGGGAGCGGGUUGCGGGAGGGUGUUAGUGACGUCGAAUUCCUUGACUUUUACAUCAACUGUCACCUUCCCGCGAUCUCGUGCGGUAUCGUACCAUCUCAGUGAAACGGUAUAUCUAUAUCUAUAGAUACUUCUUGGCGCAUUAUCUCACUGUCUGUUUGUAAAGCCUGACGUCCACCUGAGACGCGCCGAAUCGAGCCGAAACGUGUCGACUGAAAGUAUGAUAAACGAUUCGACUCUGCGAACAAUAAUCGCGCCAUUGAUCGACGCAGUUUUAAAGUAAUAGGUGACGAGUUUUGCGAUUCGCUUCGACUCGGCGAGCCUAGUGGAUGCUACCCGUAAUAAUUGUAAACUACGUUGGAAAUCAGUGGGUGAAGAAGAUCGCGCUUACUAGAUCAGUUUGUGCUUGGUUUGCGCUGCCGCUUGCGGGAACCUGCCAUACAAUAUUAUUUUACAUAAUCGAGCCUGAAAUACGUGAUAAGAGAACUGGAAACACCAACCUAUUGAAUAAUUGUAAACCGAUACUAAGGAUGGCCCUAGAUGUUUCGCUUGAGUAUGUAUAAUACUGUAUUUAUUUGUAUUUGUACUGUGACAUGGUAUCGUUGACGCGAGUUGACGCUGCGCGAGAGCUAAAUGUUUAUUUCCUAUCGAAUUGUCAGUUCGCAGGCACUGUAACAAUAAAAGGAUAGAGCUUUAUGUCACUAAGUUUUGUAUUUUAAAUCAAUAAACGAUAGCAAUGA